GCCUGCACACCACAAACAGUUGCCAUGUCAGUGGAUGGUAACCGUAAGCUUUACCGCUUUAGGCGAUCAGGAAGCUCUGAUGAAGCUGCAUUUUUUGAUGGGCUGUUCCUUGCAAAGGACAGUGAGUUGACAAGUUUUGUUGACCUCAUCCACAGUGCUGUAAAAAGUACACAAGGGAGGGGCACGUGUGGUGCCUCACAGUGGACAGCCGCAAGGGAGACUUCCAGGAGGGCCAACAAGCUGGAUGAGGAAGGGGUUGAGGUGGCUGUGUGUCGCCACGGAUAUUUGCUGAAAGGCCUCAGCAUGUACAGGGGGGAGAUAUUUGCAUAUCCACUGUAUCUACAGAAAGAGCUACAUGCCACCGAAAACAUCAGGUUCUUUGCAAUGGACGUUGCCUGCAAAUACUGGCCCUACCUAGAGAAGGUGGCUGGUGUUGUGUCAUCUCUCCGGGGGCUCCUAGAUAUGAAGCCCUUCCUCAGCAUCAUGCAUGCUAGAGCCCAUGACACAAAGUGUGAGAUCAAAUGGAGUGGAAGGAACCAGAGCGGAACAGGCACAACCGCCGGUGAAGAAGUUGAGCAAGUCAACAGUUUCCUCUCCCGUUGUGCCCUGACAACCAAGUACAUGUCCAAAUCAGCACGUGUGGACAUGCUGACAGUCCAUGCUAUGGUGUGGAACAGGUACAAGGAUGAAACUCUUCACCAGGCCCUCUCCACAAGAUAUGUGAAGACUUGUCAAAGGGCUGUGGUUGAGGCAGCAAAACUGUCCGAGCUCAAGGCGGAGCUACAUUGCUCCGACCAGUUGGCACUGGAGUGGGUUGCUGAUGUUCAGGAUUGGGCAGUUAGCGGUAAGGAUGGCACCCCUCCCGUGAGCCCUUUUUUAGGCAUAAUCUGUUCUAGGCAGCAGCACUACACUUUGUUACUGACUGUUCAAGCUUAA